AUGUUGGUGGUGGCUACAAGUCGGCUUUGCUUCUUGCUGGCCGAGGGGCGCCGAUUGCCCGGCACGGCCGGUGCCUACUUGGUCGCCCGCUGCGCCUACUUGAUUUUCUUCCACCCGCUAGCCAAGCUGCCCGGACCGAAAUUGUAUGCUACGACGGACCUUUUCUACCUAUACCACCUCGUAGGGUGUACCUGGCCGGCAAAGCUCAAGACCCUCCACGACGAGUAUGGCCCUACGAUCCGCUUCUCGCCAUUUGACGUUUCCUCAAUUGCGCCUGAGAGCUGGAAGACUAUAUAUGGACACAAAUCCAAGCCAAACAAGACGUUUGAGAAGGACCGCCGUGUCUACAACGGCCCUGACCAGGGGAUCGCUAACAUUGUUAUCGCCGAUAAUGAUGCACACCGGCGGAUGCGGCGCGUCCUAGCUCACGCGUUCUCCGAAAAGGCGCUCCGUGGCCAAGAGACGCUCAUUAAGAGCAACGUCGAUCUCUUCAUCUCCAAGGUCGCUGCACUAGCCGAAGCGAAGGAGCCGGUCAACAUAAUGCUCUGGUACAAUUACAUUACUUUUGACCUGAUUGGUGACCUUGCGUUCGGAAAGCCCUUUGGCUGCCUCGAGCAAGGCGGCUACCAUCCAUGGGUCAAGAUGGUCUUCGAAUCCCUCGCCAUGUCUAACUUCAGGCAGGUUCUCAACAGGCACCCUUCGUCCAACCUGCUAAGCUCUUGGAUCCUCCCGGAGCGCAUGAGGCGUGCCUUUGUCGAACAUGCUGAGCUGAGCUCGAAGACUGCAUUUGAACGGAUUGAGCGGGGUAAUGUCGGCCGCGAGGACUUUAUGGACCACAUCCUGCGGCAUAAUGACGAGAAGGGCCUCUCUAAGCUCGAGAUUGCGGUCAACUCGAGCACCUUGAUCACUGCUGGAAGUGAGACAACAGCGACACUACUCAGCGGCACCACUUAUAUGCUUUUAACGAACCGCGACAAGUAUACGAAGUUGGUCAAGGACAUCCGCGACAGAUACGCCUCCGAGGCGGAGAUCACCAUGUCGAGCGUCAACGAGCUUCAAUACCUCUUGGCUGUGUUUAACGAAGGGCUCAGGAUGUACCCUCCGGUGCCCAUGGGACUGCCUCGCUUUCCUCCCGCUGGCGGAGAGACAGUUGACGGCUAUUAUAUUCCUGAGAAGAGUAGUAUUGCAGUGCCACACUGGGCUGCGUACCAGUGCGAGCAGAACUGGGCUGAUCCCCAGCGCUUCGUCCCCGAGCGCUGGCUCGGCACUGACCCUCGCUAUGCCAACGACAAGCGAGACGUGCUUCAGCCUUUCUCCACGGGGCCCCGGAACUGUAUCGGCAAAAACCUUGCUUACGCUGAGAUGCGUGUCAUCUUGACACGCCUCCUAUGGCGCUUUGACUUGGAGCUGUUGCCGGAGAGCAAGGACUGGUAUAAUCAGCGGAUCUUCGCUUUCUGGAAAAAGGGCCCUCUCAUGGUCAAGGUGACCCCUGCGCAGAGGUCGUGAAGCAGUCCGAUGACAGACGACCAAACGCGACAAAGGGAAGACAAUAAUGAGCUGUUCGGUGAAUGUAGGGUGUGUGCCUGCUUCCUAGGAUGGAUCGCUAUGGUGACAUUGAAGCUCGAAGCAUUGAGGGCCAAAUGGUGAUUGGGAUGGAUGCAGCGAUUUCAC